ACCGCGUUAGGUAACCUGGGCCAGGUCAAUUGAGACUCUCUUCUCCCCGCGAUUUUCAGUUAUACUUUGCUCGUUACACACCAUGGCCGACAAAUGUGUUCACAAGGGAUGUGGGAAGACCUUUUCCGACCCGGAGGAAGAGUGCGUGUAUCAUCCGGGCCCCCCAGUGUUCCACGAAGGCCAGAAAGGCUGGAAAUGCUGCAAGCCCCGCGUCUUGACCUUUGAGGAAUUCCUCGCCAUCCCACCAUGCACCACCGGCAAGCACUCGACCGUCGACGACACGCCUGCUCCCGAGCCGCCCAAGGUCGCAGAGCCUCCUCCUGAGCCUUCCCCCGUUCAGACCAAGCUGCCCGAGCGCUCCGCCAUCUCCCCCGCCAUCCCGCCUCCUACACCCCCCGCGGCCCCGACACCGGAGCCCGACUCGGAUGAUCCUGAUCUGGAGAUCCCCGCCAAUGCCACAUGCCGUCGAAAGGGAUGCGGUGCUACGUAUACCGGAUCGACCGCGCGGGAUGAGGAGAAGUGCACGCACCAUCCAGGCCACCCAGUGUUCCACGAGGGGAGCAAAGGAUGGUCUUGCUGCAAGCGACGAGUGCUCGAGUUUGACCAGUUCUUGAAGAUUCCUGGCUGCACAGAGAAGACCAGGCACAUGUUCGUUGACAAGGCCAAGGCACCGGGCGAGGAGAAGGUUGACUCGGUCAGGAAUGAUUUCUACCAGACUACAUCCUCCGUGAACGUUUCUCUCUACCUGAAGAAGAUCGACAAGGAGCGCGCUCGCGUGGAUCUUUCCACCAAUUCGAUCACCUUUGACCUUCCCACCUCCGACAACAAGCGCUUCCAGGAUACAUACAAGCUCUUCGCCCCGAUCGACGCGGAUAAGUCAUCGUUCCGCGUGCUGGGCACUAAGCUGGAGCUGACCCUGGUCAAGGCGGACGGCACCAGCUGGCCGGUUUUGCGCAGCGAUGACAAGUGGUCUGGCGAGCGCAUCCAGAUUGGAAAUGCUGGACGGGCAUGAUUGGGCAUAUAGAUGAGAG